AUGGAUAUGGAAGGCCUACCGCCCGCAAAGAGACCGAAAGUUUCUGACACUUCUUCUGAGUUCGGUGAUUCAGAUGAUGAAGACUUGGAAGUACAGGCCACGCUGCCACGUGCAGGCCUUUGUCCACAGCGUUUGCAUGGGCUUCGCAUGAAGCUGGUGCAGAGAGUGAACGAAGACUACUUCGCCAUGCUCAGAGAUGUGAACAGGAACGAUUUCUAUUGGGAUGCCAUGGAGAAGUUACCAGUACGGAACCGCCGUGUUUUGGAUCUGGGUGCCGGGACUGGGAUUCUAUCCUUAAUGGCUGCAAAGCUCGGUGCGAGCUCUGUCUUGGCCGUGGACGAAUCCUCAGAGAUGACGUUGAUUGUGCAGAAGAGUGCUGAACACAAUGGGUUUCAGGACACUAUCAGCGUGCACGCUGGCCACAGCACGGCACUGUCGUUGGCUGAGAAGGACAGAUUCGACGUUAUUGUGUCGGAGACGUUUGGCGUUCUUCUCUUGCAAGAAGGCUGCUUGAAGUCCUUUAUACACGCCAGGGAGCAUUUGGCAAAACCCUCCGCACACAUAAUUCCUGCUGGCGGUGUCCAAUAUGCCAGACUGAUGGGUUCUCCUGCGCUUCGAUUGGCCUCCUCGAUGUCGAGCGCAGAAAGACCGGACAUGCUCCAUGUCGAUGCUCUCAGAGAUCCAGGACGAGUGCAAUUCUCUUUGCCCGGAGGAUUCAGCGUGAACUCAUUGCCAGAUGUCUGCUGGAUGUCAGAGAGUAUCGGAAUCCUGGAGGUUGAUUUCGCCACGUCCAAGCUUGACGACAUCCCGAAAUGCAGGGAGUUUCCGGUUCGAGUUCUUCAAGACGGCGUGGUGGACGGCAUCGUAACGUCUUGGGAGACCUGGUCGGACAAGGAGAGGACACUCUGCAUGAGUACCGAGGCUGACAAAAUCAAGGGCCAGCCCUGGGGAUUCGCUCGUGAUGCGCACUGGGGACAAGGCUUUUCGCAGGUCGAGGGCCCUGGCGGCGGUGAGAAGUUUGAAGUGUUCGAGGGGGAAGAGCUUCGCCUCCAAGCUCGUUUCUCGCAGGAUGGGGAGAGCCUGCAGCUAAGACUUUUCCGACCAGAGCAGAUCACUCAGGCUGACGAUACUGGUGUCACUGGCAUGCAGUCGGAAGAAGGCGAAACAAAGGAACUGAAGGAUGGAGCAAUAGUUCCAUGCACAGAAUGCAAACCUGCAACGUGGCUGCGUCAUGCGGCACGUCCCGUUCUCUGCGACGCUGUUGGUCCUGCAAACCCGGACCUACAAACAGCAUAUGAGGCUGACCUCCCGUCAAACUUCGCCUGUUCGGAACGGCUCCGUGGCAAGAAAUCGCUGUUUAUCAGGACGAUAAAUGAUGAUUACUUCGCCUUCUUGAACAACCCUGCAAGGCUUCGAUUUUUCAGAAACGCGUUGCCGGGCCUCGUCGAAAACAAAACCGUUUUAGAUUUGGGCACUGGGGCUGGCCAGUUGGCCGUUCUCUGCGCUCAGAUGGGUGCAAGACAUGUUUUGGCGAUUGACGCCUGCAGUGAUAUGUGCGAUUUGGCGAGAGAGACUGCCAGGCGCAACAAAGUCACUGGCGUUGUGCAGGUGGCUCAUUUUCUUAGCAGCAGUCUGGCUUUGAUUGGCGAAGACAAUCGGAUGGAUGUCCUGGUUUCUGAGCCAUAUGACCUUUUCAUUACUGAGCCUUCAGGAUCUGGAAGCCUCGAAUACUUUAUCGAUGCACGCCGACGGCUGGUGAAACCGAAUGGAAUCCUCAUCCCAAGUGGGGGUGCACAAUAUGCUAGGCUGGUGAUGUCGGCUGACCUUGGCAUGCGCUCCGUUUCAAUGACGAAUUCAUCCAAAGUUGGUCUCGACAAUCUGUGCGGGUUCUUGGAUACAGUGACGUUGACAUCGUCUCGAACAAGAGGUUUCAGGUGGAGCUGCCUGCCGGAUCUGGCAUUCAUGUCGGACAGAUGCUGUAUAUUCAAGCUGGAUUUCUAUAAGCUGAAGCGCAGCAGCAUUCCACGCAAGACGGUUUUGCAGAUGGAAGUCGUCCGUGAUGGCUACGUCGAUGCAAUUGCGACAUCUUGGGAGGUCUGGGCAGGUUCCGCUGCUCAGCACCGCUUCUCCGCCCAUGCAGAGGAGACGGCGAAUGAAGCAUGGGGAUUCAACAGUGAUGUAGUCUUUGGUCAAGGUCUUCAACUCGUUGUGGAAGAAGGCGACCGGCCUCAACCCUUCCACGUCAAGCAGGGUGAGGUCUUGGAGCUCACAGCGCACGUAUCCGAGCUUCGAGAUGUGCUGCACUUCACACUGCGGCGGAGAGGUGUCACUGCGGCGGGAUGA